CUCGCCGGUGGUGCCUCCUUCCGGCCGGUCCGUUGUCCCUCUAACUCCUCGCUCCGCCGCGCCCUUCCCUGCUCGGCCACCGCGCCCCUGCCCAGCUCCACGAGCAUUGUAGUAACAACAAGAGCAACAAGCAAUCUCCUCGCGUAUAUGUCCCACAUGUCAUAGACUCAGCACCCACCCCCACCUCCCAGAACGAGAUUCUUUGCUUUGCCCCUCCCCUUCCCCCAAGUCCGGCGGAAACCAACCCGCCGCCGGCGCCAUGGCCGGAGGAAGCAGCCUGACCGCGGCGUCGGAGCUCGCCGUGUUAUUCGUCUUCCGUCCCGUGCUCGCCGUCGCUUUCGUCCUCUCCUUCAUCCUCCUCAGCUGGUACGUGGCGUGGAGGACGGUGUUGGUGCACGUCCCGCUCGUGCAGGAGAUCGCCGGACUGCGCCGGAAGAAGCCCGUCAAGCCCAAGCCCCUCAACCGCGGUCGCAUCGCCAGGUUCUACGAGUCACAAGCACAGAGGAACAGUAAAUCAGAAGGGACCUCUUAAGGAAUAAUCUUUGGCACUUUGAAAGAAGCAACUUCAGUCCGCAGCAUCUGAAACCCUCAUUAAACUUUGUACAUCCAAUAUAAUGACAGAUCUUCUCUUUUAGGGGCAGAUAUCUACACAUUUAGCUCCCAGCCCCAAAGUACACAAUUAUGUAUCCACUGUAUAUUGCACCUUGUAAAGUUGAGGGUCUUAUAAUACUAGGUUGUACAUACAGAUGUAUAGUGGAAUAAAGAGAAUAAUAACCAGUGUACCAUAUGUUCUACAAAGUUGUCCUUGCUGAGAUCUAAUCAUUGACUCAUAAUGGCAUUCCGAAAGA